AUGGUCAAACAACGCACUAACAAUGGAACUGCUGUCACGAUCACAAAAAGAUCUUUAAAACAUUCUGGCUCUUCCGCUCAAGCUGGUCCAAGCGUUACAAAGACACGUGGACGAAAGUCGAAUGUUGGCGCAGAGUCAGGAUAUGGAGGAUUUGAUCGGGCUUCUUCAAAAACUAGCAAAAAAUCCAAUUCCCGUUUUAACAAAUUCGAAAGGGAACAAGAAGCAAGAUUACAAGAAGCAAUGGAAUUAAUAAACGGUGAAAGUGGUGUCGUCAAUGUUUGGGUUUCCGAAAUGAAAAAUAUCGCUUUGUCUGUAAUGAAAAAAAUGGAUGAGAAAUUAAAUCACGAAAAUAAUUGUAUCAAAAAUUUAAAACUUGAAUUUGAAAAAUAUCAGUCUGUUACAACAGAAACGUUGGAUCACCUAGCAAAAAUUCACACACAUUCUCAAAGAUUCCGCCGUGAAUUAGAUAACGAAUUGAAGCGAAUUUACACUACCGAUGAAACAGAGUUAAACGAAUCUUUAGAACAUUUUAUAAAGGAUCAAAGACAAGUUCGAAAGUCCUUGGUUAAGUCAAACAAGGAAAUUCACGACAUGUCCGCUCUCAAAAGAAUGUUAUCAGAAGUUUAA